AUGAUCUCCGCUGCAGGACUCAGUGGACCUGAUCUCAUCAUCUGUCCCUUCUUGACGACGCUGGUUCCCAAACAAAUAUACGAGCAAUACAUGACUCUGAUUAUAGUAAGCUGCACUCACCUCCUUCCAAAGAACCACGGUCGGCUAACGACAGGAAAGCAUCCCGGUCCGCCUGGCGAUGUCGGUCCAAGUGCACUGGACUGGGUCCUCCUGGGUGAUGACGGAUCUGUCGACGACUCCAGCGCUUUACUCAAGAAGCUUGAUCAGGAAGAUGUCAGUCCUGGUCGAUCGCAUUGGGGCCUAACGGUUCUCCAAGCUAUUGAAGAGUUCGACGCAGGACCCGUGUGGGCAUUCGAACAAUUCAACAUCGACAUCGAUCAGCCAGGAUUGACCAAGUCCGAGCUGUAUCGUGGCCUGAUAACACAGUCCGCCAUCACUGCAACGCUGGCUGCUAUCAGUCGAAUUCAAGCUGCGGCGAACUUAGUCGGAGCUGACGAUGGCCUUGUCACUGGAAGCAUUAGCCCGCUGCUUCGUGCCAGUGUCACAUUUGGUAUCGUAUCGGUCACUGAUGCGCUGCCCUUCCAAGGAGGCAAGCUUCACCACCGACCGCUGCUCAAGGCCGCCCAACGAGAUUUCGAUAUCGCCAAGCACAACUCUCAACAGAUCUCCCGCCGCAUCCGAUGCGGAGACUCACAGCCUGGAGUGCUGAGCAAUGUCUUCGGCCAAAACCUCUACGUCUACGGCGGCAUGAUCGAUGACAAUGCCGAGUCCCGUACUCCAAUCAAGCUGUCUGGACUAAUCACUCCCAUAAUCGGUUUUCGCAACGAAGCAGUUUGUCUCUCCACUUGUGAUGGCAAAGGCAUUUGGAUCACUCAUGUUCGACGCAUGAAAACGAAGGUGGAUAAAGCGUUGUGGCCCAAGGUUCCGGCCAUCUUUGGUCUUCUGCAGCUCGGGCUUAUAGCGACUGAGGAUGUCUUGUCAUACACCUGGGCCCCGCCAGCGGACUGGCGUUUGUCGAUAACGAAGACAUUCCAAGAGGUGUGGGUCGACUUCGAGGUCGAUGAAGAUCUCCGAAGGACAGCAUAUGUCUACUUCAAUUUCUACAAUGGAGCCAUGUCAACAGCCCAGUGCUCCCACCUUAUUGAAGCUCUCGACUACAUCCUGUCUCAAGCGUCGGCCACCGUCCCUAUCACAGCAGUGGUCAUGAUGGGCGGAUCUUAUUUCUCGAAUGGCAUCGCUCUCAACGUCAUCGAAGCUGCCACUGAUCCAGCCCUCGAGUCCUGGCAAAACAUCAACCGUAUCGAUGAUGUUGUCUACUAUCUUCUGCACGAGUUCCCAGCUCGGGGAAUCGUCACUGUUGCCGCUGUGCGCGGUAAUGCAGCCGCAGGGGGUGUAGCGCUAGCGACAGCGUGCGACAUUGUCGUCGCUGGGCAAAGUGUCGUACUCAACCCUGCCUACCGCGGUGUCGGUCUGUUUGGUAGCGAAUAUCAUACGCUAUCAUACUUCGGCCGGUGCGGCCAAGUCAACGCAAAGAAGAUCCUCACUUCCAUGACACCACUCAGUCCACUACAAGCACAGUCCAUCGGACUGGUCGACUACGUCUUCCCAGGCAGUGGCGCUGUUCUCGACGACUACAUCCGGAGCCACAUCGCCUACCUUCUGCGACCAGGCAUCAUCAAGCGCGGACACUGGAAGAACAAUGUCGACCUCUCGCCCGCAUCGCUCGCUCAAGCUCGUGCCCACGAACUCGGCGAAAUGAGUCUCGACUUCUGGUCCUCGCGAUCAGCUCGAUACCACGCCCGCCGCUUCGCCUUCGUCCGCAAACUCAAACCCACUCACACUCCACUACGCUUCGCCAAACAUCGUCGCGCUCUAGAUGAGAGUCGUCGUGAUGAAGAAGAAACCGAGAAUUUCGACAGCGUAGAGUACUACCGCAAACUAGCAGAGGAGAAACUCGUUGCUAGUCUUCGACAGGCUUUGACUAUCGAAGUCGGGCAUGCUCUGGCUCAACGGGAAGCACAACCUGUGCGACAUGACUCUGUCGUCUCUUCGAUCCCUGGAAUCGAAAUCAUCGAGAGUGAGAAGGAGCGGAAGAAGAUGGAACCGAUCUUCUCGUGCUAUUAUAAAGCUCCAUCUGAACAGCUUACUCCACCCGAGAGCCCGCUGAGUCCGGGACAGAUUGUUGAUAAAGUGACUUCUGCAUUCUAG